AGAGGAGGGGGGUGAGGACAAAGGUCGCUCUCUUACAGCCAGCUUGCCACAACUCCCUGAGAUCUCUCAGGUGGCCACAACCUCCUCUGACAGGCUCCUCCACCAUGACCAACCUGAGCUCCCAAGUCAAAAACUCCCUCAACAUCACCACCCCGGGGGUACAGAUAUGGAGGAUCGAGGCCAUGCAGAUGGUGCCCGUUCCCUCCCACACUGUUGGGACCUUCUAUGACGGUGACUGCUACGUGGUCCUGGCUAUCCACAAGACUGCCAACAACCUGACCUAUGACAUCCACUACUGGAUCGGCCAGGACUCAUCCCAGGAUGAGCAGGGAGCAGCUGCCAUCUACACCACCCAGAUUGACGACUUCCUGCAGGGCCGGGCUGUCCAGCACCGAGAGGUCCAGGGCAAUGAGAGCGAGACCUUCCGUGGCUACUUCAAGAAGGGCCUUGUGAUCCAGAAGGGGGGUGUGGCUUCCGGCCUGAAGCAAGUGGAGACCAACUCCAGCAAUGUCCAGCGGCUGCUGCACAUCAAGGGCAAGAGGAAUGUGGUGGCUGGAGAGGUGGAUAUGUCCUGGAAGAGCUUCAACAGAGGGGACGUUUUCCUCCUGGAUCUUGGCAAGCUCAUCAUCCAGUGGAACGGGCCAGAGAGUAGCCACAUGGAGAGACUCAGGGGCAUGACCCUGGCCAAGGAGAUCCGAGACCAGGAGCGGGGCGGGCGCACCUAUGUGGGUGUGGUGGACGGGGAGAAUGAGGCGGCCAGCCCGAAGCUGAUGGAGGUGAUGAACUAUGUGCUCGGCCAGCGCAAGGAGCUGAGGCCAGCCAUCCCCGACUCAGUGGUGGAGCCAACACUCAAGGCCUCCCUCAAGUUGUACCAUGUGUCUGACUCAGAGGGAAAGAUGGUGGUGAGGGAAGUUGCCACGCAGCCACUCACGCAGGACCUGCUCAGCCAUGAGGACUGUUACAUCCUGGACCAGGGGGGCCAGAAGAUCUUUGUGUGGAAGGGGAAGAAUGCCAAUGCCCAGGAGAGGAAGGAAGCCAUGAACCAGGCCUUGAAUUUCAUCAAAGCCAAGCAGUACCCCAAGAACACACAGGUGGAGGUGCAGAAUGAUGGGGCCGAGUCACCUGUCUUCCAGCAGCUCUUCCAGAAGUGGACGGUGCCCAACCGGACCUCAGGCCUGGGCAAAACCCACACUGUGGGCUCCGUGGCCAAGGUGGAGCAGGUGAAAUUUGAUGCCACAUCCAUGCAUGUGCAGCCCCAGGUGGCCGCCCAGCAGAAGAUGGUGGACGACGGGAGCGGGGAGGUGCAGGUGUGGCGCAUUGAGAACCUGGAUCUGGUGCCUGUAGAGUCCAAGUGGGUAGGCCACUUCUAUGGAGGUGACUGCUACCUUCUGCUCUACACCUACCUCAUCAAUGAGAAGCCACACUACCUGCUGUACAUCUGGCAGGGCAGCCAGGCCAGCCAGGAUGAGAUCGCUGCCUCCGCCUAUCAGGCUGUCAUCCUGGACCGAAAGUACAACGAUGAACCGGUCCAAGUCCGCGUCACCAUGGGCAAGGAGCCACCUCACCUCAUGUCCAUCUUCAAGGGAUGCAUGGUGGUUUACCAGGGAGGCACCUCUCGUGCCAACAACUCGGAGCCCAUGCCGUCCACGAGGCUGUUCCAAGUCCAAGGAACCAGCGCCAACAACACCAAGGCCUUUGAGGUCACAGCCCGGGCCGCCUCCCUCAACUCCAAUGAUGUCUUCGUCCUCAAGACCCCAUCCUGCUGCUACCUGUGGUGUGGGAAGGGCUGUAGCGGGGAUGAGCGGGAGAUGGCCAAGAUGGUUGCUGACACUAUCUCCCGGACGGAGAAGCAAGUGGUGAUAGAGGGGCAGGAGCCAGCCAAUUUCUGGAUGGCGCUGGGCGGGAAGGCCCCUUACGCCGACAGCAAGAGGCUGCAGGAGGAAAAUAUGGUCAUCUCCCCACGGCUCUUCGAAUGCUCCAACAAGACGGGACGCUUCAUGGCCACAGAGAUCCCUGACUUCAAUCAGGAUGACUUGGAAGAGGAUGAUGUGUUCCUGCUGGAUGUGUGGGACCAGGUCUUCUUCUGGAUAGGGAAGAAUUCCAAUGAGGAGGAGAAGAAGGCCGCGGCCAUAACCGCACAGGAGUACCUCAAGACACACCCUAGCGGCCGAGACCUUGACACCCCCAUCAUUGUGGUGAAGCAGGGACAUGAGCCCCCCACCUUCACAGGCUGGUUCCUGGCUUGGGACCCCUUCAAGUGGAGUAACUCUAAAUCCUAUGAGGACCUGAAGAUGGAGCUUGGAAACUCUGAGGACUGGAGCCAGAUAGCUGCUGAGGUCACAAACCCCAAAACUGAUGUGUUCACCGUCCACACCAACUUCACCUCUGGGCCUCUGCCCAUCUUCCCCCUGGAGCAGCUAGUGAACAAGCCUGUGGAGGAGCUCCCCCCAGGCGUGGACCCCAGCAGGAAGGAGGAGCACCUGUCUGUUGAAGACUUUACUAAGGUUUUAGGAAUGACUCCAGCUGCCUUCUCCGCUCUGCCUCGAUGGAAGCAACAAAACCUCAAGAAAGAAAAGGGACUAUUUUAAGAAGAGUCGUUGUGGUUGUAAAGCGGCACCCUACCCUGCUUUCGAGGUUUUGUUAUUACUGGCUUUAGUCCUAUGCCAAUCGAAGAGAACAUUCCCAGCUGCCCCUGCGAGGAGGCAGCUUUUCUUUAGCAAUUUCUUUAGCAAUUUCUUUAGCAACUUUUCUUUAGCAAUUUACCCUCCUUCAGAAAGAUUCCACCUCCCCAGGGAGCCUGUGACCCGGAGGGGCUGGGUUCUUUAUCUCCUGGACCACUGCAUCAUUUGUAGUCAUCUUGUUCUAGAGCCUCCCCUCCUUAGAUGGGCAGCUCAGCAUUCCCACGAGAGUUCCGAGGCACUGCCCCAGUUAUUCUUCAUCUCCAGCAGGUGGGCGGAAGUCCUGUGCGGUUUUACAUCUUUCCCACAGCACUGGCCUCUCUGCAUUUCACAAGCGCUUUCCUCUUUACCUUACUCAGGUGCUAAGUUAAAGAGGGCCUGUUCUUUGGAGAGCUGAAGGGCCUGGAUUACUUCCUGGGUUACACGGUUCUCACUGAACAGCACAUGCACUGGUCCCAGGCCUGAGGCCUGCAGCAAAGCAUGAAAUACAAUGCUAUGGUUUCUCAGCCCCUGCCCUACUCUAACAAGGCAGAGGGGGUGUUAUCAGAAGCCUCUGUGAAGCUGCCCAGGCUCCUGAGGAGAAAACCACAGGAACUCAGUGGUGAAAACCCCCUAAAACCAGGCACUGCAUGGGAGCCCAGACCGGCGACCCACCACAGUGGCGUCCAUGGCUUUACCCUGGUGUUGAAGGGGUCCACGCUAGUGUGUCCUUGCUAGAAGUAACAGUCAGACCAGUGGCAGGUUAAUAAAGGCUUUAAUUUCACACCAAAAAA